AUGUCGGCCUCAUCCCGCCCACAAGGAAAGGGCAAGCGCGAGGCAUCGCCCUCCCCCCCGGCAGAUGGCGAGACGGGCAAAGCCGGAGAGAGUGCCCUGGAGGACGCCCGGAGGCGCAAGCGGCAGAAGCUCGCCGCCGGCUACGUGUUCAAGGUCGACGACCGCGGGAUCGAGAAGCGGCCACAGCCGCGGCUGAAGGGCAAGACGGUCUCGUCCAUGCCGCGCAUGCUCGCAGAGACCGAGUACGAGAAGCUGCCCGGUGGCCUCCGCGGCGUUGUUCCAUACUACUUUACCUACGUGGCCAACGCCCGGAAGCGCUGGCUCGGCCAGACCGUGGCCGGCCUGUUUGAGACCGAGUUUGUUGGCUCCUCGCCCGAGUACAUCCGCAAAGCCUGCGCCGCCGGCCGACUGCGCAUCCAGGACCAGAUCAUCUCGCCCGAGCUUGUCCUCCGCGACAACGACUGGAUGACCCACGAGAUGCACCGCCACGAGCCGCCCGUCCUCGACAUCGAGCCCGAGGUUCUCGCCGAGACGGACGCCAUCCUCGCCGUGAACAAGCCGUGCUCCAUCCCGGUCCACCCCUGCGGCCGCUUCCGCCACAACACCGUGGUCUUCCUCCUCGGUCGUCGCAGCUACCUCUCGCUCUGGCCGCUCUACCGGCUAGAUCGCGUCACCUCGGGCCUGCUCCUGUUUGGCAAGGACCAGAACGCCGGCCGCAAGUACUCGGAGGCCAUCAAGGCCCGCCGCGUCUCCAAGACUUAUCUGGCCCGGGUCGACGGCGAGUUUCCGCCGGGCGUCCUCCGUGUCGAUGCCCGCCUCGACAAGCUCGACGGCCGCACUGGUCAGAUGGGCGUGGUCGAGUCGGGCGGCAAGGAGGCGUCCACCAUUUUCGAGCGCGUCUCAACCGCCGACGGCUCGUCGGUCAUCCGCUGCAAGCCGCUGACAGGCCGCACACACCAGAUCCGCCUCCACCUUCUUCACCUCGGCUUCCCCAUCUCCAACGACCCGCUGUACAACGAGGCACACCGCGCUGCGCUCUCUGCGCGCGCAGAGGCCGAGCCCGAGUCGCUUGCCCGCUGCGGGCCCGUCGACCCCUCCUCGCCCAACUACGACGAGAUCUGCGAGAUGUGCAACGGCCAAGAAGUGUACAAAGACAUUUCUGGCCACGCUCUCGAGCUCUGGCUCCACGCCCUCCGCUACGAGUUCUUCCCCGGCGAGGACCUUCCUCCAGACAACGACCUCGAGCAGCGUGUCUUCACCACGCCGCUUCCCUACUGGGCCGAGGACGACUUUGAUGUCAAUAACCACAUCGUCACCACCAUGCGCCGCAAGUACAGCGAUGCUGUCGCUGCUGUCUCCACCCCGGCCGACGUCGCUGCCCAGCGCGCUGCCGCGAUCGAUGCUGCGAUUGUCGCGGGCGCGAGCGGGCUCGAGGGCGCGGCGGGCGUGGCUGCCAAGGCGGUUGUGGGCAAGGAUGCAGCGACGGUCGUGGGCGACGAUGCACCACCUGCCGCCAGCUAAACUAGCUUGUACUAGCCGA